AUGGACACUCGCUGCGCAGAUUCCGAGCUGCAACUCGACGUGGACCUCAUGGUGCUGGAGUACACGCUCUUCCAGGCGGUUGAGGUUCACUUGGGUGUCUUGUCCGGCGGCUUCGAGGACGACGAUGGCAAAAUCCACGGGCUCCAGCGCGUGCUCGCCAUCUUCGAUUCCUUUAUAGAGAUUUUCAACCAGAGCCAUCCCUCUCACGAGCAGUCUCCCGAGUUCAGUUUCAGGCUGCAGAUUCUGGAAUUCGUCGUCCUGCUAUUGUGCCGUUGCUCUUCAGUCAUUGCUAUGGAUCGUCCCGCGGACGACUUGUCCUCGAUGCUCAGUGGGUACGCAAAGAGUGACCUACAGGCUCGUCGAACAUGGCUCGCCGGUCGCGAGCGGGAUUGCCGGAAACUGGGUAAGAGGCCUGCUAGGUGCUGUGAAGCCUACAGGGCCUGGGAUUUGGAGCAGCAAAUAUACACUGCAUGGACCGGCACAAAUCCAAACUAUGCGUCUUCUGCCUCUGAAUACACAACAGGACCUCUACUCCUGUCAUUGCUGCCUCGAUUCAUGGCCAUUUCGGCACGAUUUAUGGAGGCAAUCAAGCAGGGCCCGAGCGACAUCUGGAUGGACGUCGCGUGCGAAUUCAUGCUCCAGGCGAGUCUCGAGAUGUUGCAGCGGCGAAGCCAAGAUGGGGAUGCAGAGUGUCUCCCCAGGCUCGAGGACUGUUUUGCGUGGGGAUACAUCGAUCUCGAUGUCGAUUUCGACACGUCACUCUACGGCGAUGCUCUUCCAGCUCCCGACGACGACGAAACGGCAGAGAUGGUCAACAACCUCUUCCGCUCAUCACUGGAGAGUAGUGGCCCCGAUGCCGAGCUCCCGGACUGGACACAUCUCCGCAUUGACACUCUGCACGAAUUUUCCAUCGCCGCCGACACCGUUUCUUUUUUCGCUCCUCCGUCUUCGUCUCAGACCCGUCUCCUCCGCCUCUCGCGCCUCUCGCAUAAAUAUCCCUACGGAGAAUUCCAGCAGCGGCUCGUCAGCCUGGUCCAGAGAAUAUGGACCCUCAGCUGCCGCGACGAGAUCCUCGGCAAGCCCGUGCUGGUCGAGAUCGGCGAGGGACAUGUGAGCGGUGUGGGCUUGGAAAGGGGCAGCGUGGAUUUUGAACAGUUCGCCGCUCGGGUCGGGUUGGAUAGGGGCUUCUUUGACGAGAUCAAGGGCGAUCAUAUCCUCGUGAGGAAGGCGCCCGAUAGCAUUGUACGACCAUCGGUCUCGUCAGGGAACAGAACCUGA